UUUGAUAACUUCUUCUAGAUGGUUAAUUUUGGCUAGUCGCUGCAAAUCUGAACAAAGAAACCUAUAAGGUUCCUGUGUACAUCCCUGGGAAUAUUCCUUUGGCCUCAUCACAGAUGCAUUAGGUUUCAGGAGCAAUGGCAGGCGCUGGAGAGCGCAAAGGAAAAAAGGAUGACAAUGGCAUUGGCACAGCCAUUGAUUUUGUCCUGUCCAAUGCUCGGCUUGUCCUGGGCGUGGGAGGCGCUGCCAUGCUGGGGAUUGCCACUUUGGCUGUCAAACGGAUGUAUGAUCGGGCAAUCAGUGCCCCAACCAGUCCCACACGCUUGAGCCAGUCAGGAAAGAGAAGUUGGGAGGAGCCAAGCUGGCUUGGGUCAUCGUCACGGUUACUGAACCAAGAAAUGAAGACUAACCUUAGCCGUUCUCUGCAGACUCUUCCUACAGAUUCUUCAGUGUUUGAAAUGGACUUGGCCAAAUCCACGAAGCAUAAAUCAUCUGUCAAAAGAAGCCAGGUGGAGUUGAAGAAGUCCCGCCUCAGAAUGUCCUUGCAAGAGAAGCUGUUUGCCUUUUACCGGAGGAAGGUGGCCAUCCCAGCUGAAGAACAGGCCCGGGCUAAGCAGGCUGCUGUGGAUAUUUGUGCUGAACUGCGUGGCUUCCUCCGUGCUAAGCUGCCAGACAUGCCUCUGCGUGAAAUGUAUCUGAGUGGCAGCCUCUAUGACGACUUGCAGGUUGUGACAGCUGAUCACAUCCAGCUCAUUGUCCCUUUGGUGUUGGAGAAGAACUUGUGGUCAUGCAUCCCAGGCGAAGACACCAUCAUGAACAUUCCUGGCUUUUGCCUGGUGCGUCGGGAAAAUCCAGAGUACUUCCCCCGCGGGAGCAGUUACUGGGACCGCUGUGUGGUGGGGGGUUACCUCUCCCCUAGGUCCGUGGCUGACACCUUUGAGAAAGUAGUGGCAGGCUCAAUCAACUGGCCAGCUAUCGGGAGUCUUCUAGAUUACGUGAUACGUCCAGCAGCACCCCUGGAAUCUCUAACGUUGGAGGUACAAUAUGAAAGAGACCGGCACCUACUAAUAGACUUUUUGCCAUCCGUGACACUAGGCGAUACUGUCUUGGUGGCCAAGCCGCACCGCUUGGCCCAGUAUGAUAAUCUGUGGCGACUCAGUCUUCGGCCGGCAGAGACGGCUCGCCUCCGGGCCUUAGACCAGGCCGACUCCGGCUGCCGUUCCUUGUGCCUCAAGAUCCUCAAGGCCAUAUGCAAGCUGAACCCCGCGCUGGUCCGCCUUUCUGCCAGCCAGCUUACCAACGUCAUACUGCACCUCGCCCAGGAGGAGACGGACUGGUCCCAAGAUGUGCUUGCCGACCGUUUUCUGCAGGCGCUGAGAGGACUGAUAGGGUAUUUGGAGGUGGGGGUUCUUCCCAGUGCUCUGAAUCCAAAGGUGAACUUGUUUACAGAGCUCACUCCGGAAGAAGUGGAUGAGUUAGGCUACACCUUGUACUCUUCCCUUUCAGAACCGGAAGUCCUGUUGCAGAUGUAACAGCUGCCUUAUGUGUGAGAAUGGUGUGGGGACCUACAGGUUCUCUGACACUUUUGAGUGAUAUAUGCACACCCUGUCCUGUUCUUU